GACUAUGUCGCCGAAGAACUGUCGCCGAUAGCUCGAGGGUCCAAGCGUCCACUUGACGACUCGGAGACUUUGGACGAUGGCAUGGUACUGCCGAAGAUCAAGAAAAAUUCAGAUGGUUCACGCCAUCGCAUGAAAGUCAGCGACUUCGAUGAUGUGUCCAAAGAGAUUUUGGGGACGGCAGCCUGUAUUUUCCGGUGUCUGAUAGUCUCCCAGGCGCCAUUUCCCGAGAACAUUGCUGUCGAGACGCAGUUGGCAAAAGAAGCCUGGCAUGAGGCAUGUCAAAUCAAAGGCAUCAAUGUCAAAUUGACACCUUCAGGUGUCAAAAUGCUAUUGACCCGCACAUCACAAGUUCGUGGGGAACUCAAAACAAAAAUGUGUUCACUGACAGCAUCUUUUUUCAGUUUCCGGUCGAGCAAUUCCAACGAUGUGAUACAACAGAAUAGGGAUCUAGCAGAGUCUUUGAAAGACGGUUCUGUAUUUGCUUUCAAGGAUUGGAAGUCGAAGAAGGGAAUCUACAAGACGGAGUUACUGCAACUGGGCAUCAACAUCAUGUGGUUCGCGAAUCGACACGACGAAGGCGUCAUCCACCAUAAAUAUUUUAAUCCUAUGCCCGUCGAAGUUAUCGCUCUUGUGCUUACAACUAUCGAAUGUUGUAUCGACGAAUGGUUACAAGGUCUGAAGGAAGAUAUCAAAUUCACGUCGGCUACUUAUGGAACUGUCUACCAUGGACAUUUCUGCUCCUUGCAGCGCUUCAACGAGCGGACGGCGCCUUACAAACUCCUCGACAAAAUUCGUGUCAAUCUGCACGACGUGGCUCGGUGCGUU